AUGUCUGCUACCCACAAGCGAAAGCUGUCUUCCUCCUCCAAUGAUCCAAUGAAGGGGAAGGAGCGCACCCCGUCAUCGUCCUUGUCCGUUCUUUCCGACAACUUUGAUGAAGAUGAAGAGCCCGAAACCGUUCUGCAGAUGCACUUGGACGACGACGACGAAGAUGAUGAGGUGCCUCUGAACAAAAGCAACAUUGCCGACAUGUGUCCAGUCGACGAACAGCCGGCUGCGGCGACGCCGACGGUCGCGACCCUAAUGGACCGCCACUGCGAAGACUACAUCAAGGACCGUCUCGAGAGGUGCCAAGAUGCCAUCAUCAAUCUGGCUGUCCUCUCCUCCGCUAUGAUCUUCAAAUUUCUUGUGGCCGAUGGUAAUGGCAUUUUUGCCCUCGAUGACAACAACUUCCUCCGCAAGACGAGCCGCUUUGGUUCUUCGCUCCGGGACAUGUUUUUGGACAAGUACAUCGACUUGGGGAAAAACCAAUGCAGCUCUUAG